AUUAAAAGCGUAAGUACUGUGUUAAACUUUUCUGCGACCCUCCUCACCAACUCAAGUGAAAUCAUAAUGGAACGCUGGCAAGGUCGUGUCGCUGUAGUUACUGGUGCUAGUUCAGGCAUUGGCGCUGCCACAGUCAAAGAUUUACUUAAAGCUAAUCUUGUUGUGGUGGGACUUGCCCGCCGACUGCAGCUGAUGGAAGAAUAUAAAGCUGAAUUGCCAGCUGAACAACAAAAACGUUUCCAUCCUUUCGUUUGCGAUGUUUCAUCACAAGAAUCGGUGGAUAAGGCGUUCGAUUGGAUCAUCAAAGAAUUGGGUGGCGUUGAUAUAUUGGUGAAUAAUGCCGGCAUGUUUAAAGUGGGUCAAGCCGUUAACUUGGAUCCUGCAGUAAUGCAACAAGUUGUACAAACUAAUAUAAUGGGUGUGGUAUAUUGUACGCAACGCGCUUUCAAAUCAAUGAAAGAACGCAAUUUUGAUGGACAUGUGGUGAUCGUCAAUAGCGUUUUGGGUCACUCGGUGCCGAAUUUUUCGGGUGAUGCUGCGCCAAUCAUGAAUGUGUAUGCGCCGACUAAGUAUGCACUAACUGCUAUUACUGAGAUAUAUCGGCAAGAGUUUAGAGGAUUGGAAACAAAAAUCAAAAUAACUAGCGUUAGCCCCGGUUUAACAGAUACAGAAAUCGUUCCGGAUCAAUUCAAAAACGCUGGACUUCCAAUUCUGAGAUCAGAAGAUGUUUCCAGCUGUAUAUUGUUCACUCUUUCAACACCGCCACACGUGCAAGUACACGAGAUUACUGUGUUGCCAACACUGGGCCAGUAAUUAAAUAUUUUAGCAUAUGCUAUACAUACAUACAUAUGCAUAUAUGUAUAUUAAUUAUCAACAUACAUGUAUGCACAUACAUACACUUAAGUAUAUUUGUAUGUAUGUAUGUGUAUUCAUAUGUAUGUAUAUGUUUUGUUUUUACUCUUAUAUUAUAGUUAAUAACUAUGCAAUGAAAUAAAAAUACAUGGGAAUGCUAAUGGCAUUGUCAUUGGAAAUCCAUUAU